GGCUUCUCAUCCUUCAGGCCCAGAGUUCUCUGCUCAAGGGUCUCAGGUGACGCUGCUGCCUGUGACCCCCCCACACCCCCAUCUCGGGUGCCUGAGGUUCCUCGAGAGGACGCCGGGUCACCACAGAAGACAAAAAUGGUUCCUAUGUCCUCAGCCACUGUCCUGUCCUGGAGCUGCCACAAGGUGCCCACAGCUGCGCUGGUCCCUGCAGGGUGAACAGAACUUCAGGCCCUGGGUCAGCUCAUCCUAGAGGACAGCCUGAGGUGUGGGGUGCAGCCUCUCACAGAAGCCGCUGGGGGCUCUGGGCUGAGGAAUCUCCUGGAACAGCCCUCAUCUAGACAGGCACCCAGGUGACUUUGUGCAGCCUGUUUCCCUGGGGACUUCGGAUGCCCAGAGGUUCUACCAGAGGACGCCGGGUCACCACAAAAGACAAAAAUGAUCUCAGUGGCCUUGGAGGAUGUGGCUGUGAACUUCACCCAGGAGGAGUGGGCUUUGCUGGAUGCUUCCCAGAAAAACCUUUACAGAGAUGUGAUGCUGGAAGUCCUCAGAAACCUGGCUUCUCUAGGAAAGAGAUGGGAUGACAAGAACAUUGAAGAUCAGAUCAGUAAUUCUGGGAGUAAUCUAAGGCACUUCAGAUCUCACAGUGGGCAUGAACACUAUAAGCAUGAAGAAUGUGAAGAGAAGCCAUGUGAAUUGAAACAAUACAGAAAAUCUCUGGUUUCUCUCAAAAGUGUUCACACACAAGUGUUAAUACAAACUGGAGAUGAACCAUAUGAAAGUACAAUCAGUUGUUCCAGUGACAUUCAAAGACAUGAAGUAUCUCAUACUAAGUGCGAACCCUAUGAAAAUCAACAAUGUGGUGAAGCCUUUUUUUCUCUCCCAGCUGUUCAAAAACACAUGAGAACACACAGUGGAGGUAAACCUUUUCAAUGUGAGGUAUGUGGGAAAGCCUUUCAUUCCCCCACUUUAUUUAGAAAACAUGAAAGAACUCAUUCUGGAGAGAAACUCCAUAAAUGUAAACAAGGUGGUAAAACUUUGGUUUCAUUCACAAGUCUUCGAUGUCACGUGAUCAGGCACACUGGGAAAGCACAUUUCAAAUGUAAGCUAUGUGGAAAAGACUUUGCUUAUCCCAGUUUACUUAGAAUACAUCAGAGGACACACACUAGAGAGAAACCCUAUGAAUGUCAACAAUGUGGGAAAGCCUUCAGUACUUCAUCUUACCUCCAGAUACACGAACAGACUCAUACAGAAGAGAAGCCCUAUGAGUGUAAGCAGUGUGGGAAAGCCUUCACUCAGUCUGCUCACCUUCACUCUCAUGAGCAAACUCAUACUGGAGAGAAGCCCUAUAAAUGUCAACAAUGUGGAAAAGCCUACACUACUUCAUCUUACCUUCAGAUACAUGAACAAAUCCAUGCUGGAGAAAAGCCCAAUGAAUGCCAACAAUGUGGAAAAGUCUUCACUACUUCUUCUAACCUUCACAGACAUGAAAGAACUCAUACUAGGGAGAAGCCCUAUGAAUGUAAGCAGUAUGGCAAAGCUUUUACUCAGUCUUCUAACCUUCACUCACUUGAAAACACUCAUAUGACAGAGAAAUCCUAUGAAUGCCAACAAUGUGAAAAAGUCUUCACUACUUCUUCUAACCUUCAGAUACAUGAACGGAUUCAUACUGGAGAGAAGCCCUAUGAAUGUAAGCAGUGUGGGAAAGCCUUCACUCAGUCCACUCACCUUCACUCACAUGUGAAAACUCAUACUGGAGAGAAGCCCUAUGUAUGUAAACUGUGUGGAAAAGCCUUUGCUCGAUCUCCUCAACUUCACAUACAUAAACGAACUCAUACUGGAGAGAGGCCCUAUGAAUGUAAGCUGUGUGGAAAAGCCUUCAAUGACCCCUCUAACCUUCACAGACAUGAAAGAACACAUACUAGAGAGAAACCUUAUGAAUAUCAACACUGUGGGAAAGGCUUCACUACUUCAACUUACCUUCAGAUGCAUGAACAAAUCCAUACUGGAGAGAAGCCCAAUGAAAGUCAACAUUGUGGAAAAACCUUUGAUACAUCCAGUGAACCUCACAUGCAUGGAAGAACUCACACAGAAGAGAAGACCAAUGAAUGCCAACAAUGUGGAAAAGUCUUCAGUACUUCUUCUUCUCUUCACAGACAUGAAUGGACGCAUACUGGAGAGAAGCCCUAUCAAUGUCAACAAUGUGGAAAAGCCUACACUACUUCAUCUUACCUUCAGAUACAUGAACAAAUCCAUGCUGGAGAGAAGCCCAAUGAAUGCCAACAAUGUGGAAAAGUCUUCACUACUUCUUCUUACCUUCAGAUACAUGAACGAACACAUACUGGAGUGAAGCCUAAUGAAUGUAAGCAGUGUGGCAAAGCCUUCACUCAGUCUGCUAACCUUCGCUCCCAUGAGCAAACUCAUACUGGAGUGAAGCCUUAUGAAUGUAAGCGGUGUGGCAAAGCCUUUGCUAGAUCUUCUCAGCUUCACAUACAUGAACAAACUCAUAGUGGAGAGAAGCCCUAUGAAUGUCAACAAUGUGGUAGAGCUUUUGCUAGAUCCAGUGACCUUCACACACAUGGAAGGAUGCAUACUGGAGAGAAGGCCUAUAAAUGUAAACAAUGUGGAAAAGACUUUGCUGCAUACUCUCAGCUUCACAAACAUGAAAGGACGCAUACUGGAGAGAGGCCCUAUGAAUGUCAACAAUGUGGAAAAGCCUUCACUGUGUCCUCUAACCUUCACAGACAUGAAAGAAUGCAUACUGGAGAGAAACUCUAUGAAUGUCAACAAUGUAGAAAAGCUUUCACUACUUCAACUCACCUUCAUAUUCAUGAACAAAUCCAUAUUGGAGAGAAGCCCAAUGGAAGUCAACAUUGUGGAAAAACCUUUGAUACAUCCAGUGAACCUCACAUGCAUGGAAGAACUCACACAGAAGAGAAGACCAAUGAAUGCCAACCAUGUGGGAAGGUCUUCAGUACUUCUUCUUCCCUUCAGAUACAUGAAUGGACUCAUACUAGAGAAAAACCCUAUGAAUGUAAGCAGUGUGGCAAAACCUUUGCUAGAUCUUCUCAGGUUCACAUACAUGAACGAACUCAUACUGGAGAGAAGCCCUAUGAAUGUAAGCAGUGUGGAAAAGCCUUCACUGACCCCUCUAACCUUCACAGACAUGAAAGAACACAUACUAGAGAGAAACCCUAUGAAUGUCAACACUGUGGGAAAGGCUUCACUACUUCAACUUACCUUCAGAUUCAUAAACAAAUCCAUACUGGAGAGAAGCCCAAUGAAAGUCAACAUUGUGGAAAAACCUUUGAUACAUCCAGUGAACCUCACAUGCAUGGAAGAACUCACACAGAAGAGAAGACCAAUGAAUGCCAACAAUGUGGAAAAGUCUUCAGUACUUCUUCCUACCUUCAGAUACAUGAACGGACACAUACUGGAGUGAAGCCCUAUGAAUGUAAGCAGUGUGGCAAAGCCUUCAUUCAGUCUGCUCACCUUCGCUCCCAUGAGCAAAUUCAUACUGGAGUGAAGCCCUACGAAUGUAAGCGAUGUAGCAAAGCCUUUGCUAGACCUUCUCAGCUUCACAUACAUGAAAGAACUCAUUCUGGAGAGAAGCCCUAUAAAUGUAAACAAUGUGGUAGAGCCUUUGCUAGAUCCAGUGACCUUCACACACAUGGAAGGAUGCAUACUGGAGAGAAGCCCUAUAAAUGUCAACAAUGUGGAAAAGACUUUGCUGCAUAUUCUCAGCUUCACAGACAUGAAAGGACGCAUACUGGAGAGAGGCCCUAUAAAUGUAAACAGUGUGGAAAAGCCUUUGCUACAUCCUAUCAGCUAAACAGACAUGGAAGAACACAUACUGGAGAAAAGCCCUAUGAAUGUCAAAGAUGUGGUAGAGCCUUUGGUAGAUCCUGUGAACUUCACGUACAUGAAAGAAUACAUACUGGAGAAAAGCCCUAUGAAUGUAAACAAUGUGGAAAAGCCUACACUACUUCGUCUUCCCUUGUGAUACAUGAGCGAACUCAUACUGGAGAGAAGCCCUAUGAAUGUCUACAAUGUGGGAAAGCCUAUACUAAUUCCUCUUCUCUUCUGAUACAUGAACGAAGUCAUGCUGGGGAGAAGACCUAUGAAUGCCAACAAUGUGAAAAAUCCUUUGUUACAUCCUCUCAGCUUCACUUACAUGAACAAACCCAUAAGGCAGAGAAAUUGUACUCUUGAACACAACUGGUGCACAUUCAUAAAAACGCAGGCUCCCUGAAGCUCCAGUGACCAACCUGAAUGAAGCAGGAAGGACAGGUUAGUGGCUGGGAGGCGGGACCAGAAGCCCUGCCUGGGUGACAGAGGAAGGACCAAUUGGAAGCCCUGGAAAAUGGGAAAGGCCUGAUGAGGAAGCCAGGCUCCGCCCCCUAGGGGGGUCCCCUGGUUACCAUGGUGAUGGAACAGCCCAAAACUGGCUGUGGCUGCUGCAGCUGCCUGGGUCCCAAAGUCAGGGGUUAGCUCUCUCCUCCUUAAUGGGCUGUUUCCCUGUGUCUUCCCCGCCCCUGGUGUUCUCCCAUCUUUUACAUUUUCCCUUUCCAGAGCGUGGGCACUUUAAAACAGUGAUUUAAAGGCAGAGGCCAGCAUUAAUGUCUGACCCUAAGGCAGUCUGCCUUUCGCCCCUAGACCAGGUUGCUUAAGGGUCAAAAGCACAGCUUGGUGGGGCUAGUUAAGACCUUUUAGGGAGCAGCAGCUGGUCUUCUAUCCUGCAGUCCAGUUAAAGCUAUUCCAACCCCAGUGGGACAAGAAUGCAGGGAAGAGGCUCAGUACAAAUUGUUUGAGCACAUUUGAAAUAACAGCAGAAAAACAUAAUUUGCCUCUCUACCAGUAGAAAAUGCCCUGUAUUAAGUCGCACCACGAAAAAAUGUUUUCUUUUUCCUCUUACUCUCCAAACAUUGACCCAUAGAAUAUAGAUUCCAAAAAAUCUUUAUGUUGUUAGGUGGGCAAAAUUGUGAUGUAUGCAGUCAAGGGGAGAAGAAUGUCCAACGCUUUGGCCCCUUCCAAUGCUUUAUUCACUCAAGUUCCUCCAUACAGUUUCACUCUAUAGGUUCUUAAUCAAGAAAACACAAUCCUUAAUGCUGGGCACUGCAAUAGACAUAAUCAAUCCACAGCAAACAGUUCUAGAUUCAUUCUAAGAACUGCAAAACACACUUAAUCAGGACAGGCUAGUGGCAGACAUUCCCUCUGCAGGCUGUGUGACAGUAAUAAUUUUUUUCUUGUGUUGUGAGAUGCUUAUGCAAGCAUUUGAAGGUCACCAAACAAAAAUAAGGGAUGCUAGCAAAAGUCCUUGUGGCAAGUCUGAGGGGGAGAUGUGGGGACAAGUGCAUGGAGAACUGCAUACGUGGCAUACAUGAAGGACACCUGAGUGGCAGGCUACUCCCCUCCAGCUAGAAGUGUGAGCCGCAGGUUGCUCACCCUGUAGGACCCUCCCUGGGCGUGAGGCCACCUGUUACAGUCCUUGCACUUGCUCCAUGGCUUGCUACUUGAUUGGUUGUGGCUCUUCAGAGUCACUCCUGUGCCCACAGUAGCUCAAUAGAGCAACCUUGGAAUCAACAGUAGGCCAGAGGGAAUAUUGGGGGGCCUACUUUGGUCUCCUAGAGUUUUUCAGAAUUGUAUUGGUGGCUGCGUGUAAUGUGCUUAGCUGCUGCCCGAGUGUAUACCCAUGGUAACUGCGCAAUAAAAUCAGACCUGCUUCCUG